GCCCGCCAACAUCCAGCACAAACCCUCGCCUCCUAUCGAUCUCUCUCCUCCCCUCUGUCCCCACAUCCAAUCCGAGGCGAGGCGGCGAUGCAGAUCCAAGUCCGGUGCGGGUGCGGCGAGGGGGGGGGCCCGGCGGCGUGCCCGGAGUGGGCGGUGGUGGAGGUGCAGGGCGUGCUGCAGCCGCAGCCCUGCUUCUCCGGCCGCAUCCAGGGCCUCCACAUCGGCCGCCUCUGCUCCACCUCCUCCGCCCCGUCUUCCAAGGGCGGGUACACCUUCACCGUGGGGUACCAUGAGCUCGCCGGCUCGAAGGUGACUCUCAAGAAGCCCCUUCUGGUGCUGAGGAAGAAGAAGAACGACAAGGGGAACCCCGGCGAGCUCGGACAAGGUGGACAGGCGGCGGCGGCGGCGGAGGUGGAGCUGGAGGUGAUUGGCAUCAUCCGGCACAAGAUCCUCUUCAAGGACCGCCCCAAGGCCCUCAUCUCAAAGCCGGUGCCGAAGGAGAAGAAGGCCAUGCCGGAAGCGGCGACCCCAUCAACCGUGCCUCCCGCUUCCUGAAGAAUCCUCUUUCUGAC